UCAAGGAAGGACACAACUCAACAUGCAGUGCAACUUCAACAAGGCUGUGCUGAUCAGAGUUCUCCCUCCACUGCUGGUGGUGGAGUUUGUUUUGGGAAUCCCUGGAAACGCUUUGGCUCUGUGGGUCUUCUGCUUCCAUCUGAGGCCUUGGAAAAGCAGCACGGUGUUAGUCUUCAACCUGGCAAUAGCCGAUUUUCUGCUCAAUCUGGCGUUGCCAUUCCGUACCAGCUACUACAUCUCUGAGAUGAAAUGGAUGUUUGGCAGCGCCUUCUGCAACAUCUGCCUCUUCAUGUUGGCUAUGAAUCGCCUUGGAAGCACCUUCUUCCUGAUGGCUAUCGCUGUGGACAGGUACAUGCGUGUGGUGCAUCCCCAUCAUCGCAUCAACUCCCUGAGUGUCUCUAAAGCUGCCAUUGGAGCACUUGGACUGUGGCUGGUGGCCUUUUCAAUGACUGCUCAGAUCUUCACUUUACAACACACGAACACGACCAACUGCGACAACUUUAGGCUUGAGACCAAGCCCAAAAGUAAUCUGGCCUGGAAUCAGUUUGUCUUCAUCUUUUCCUUCUUCAUGCCUCUGCUUGUGAUUCUCUACUGCACAGUGCACAUCAUCAGCCACCUGAGAGGGAGACAACUGGCCCAACAUGCCAAGAUUAAGAAGGCUCUGUUCUUCAUGAUGGUAGUGGUGGUGGUCUUCAUCAUUUCCUUCCUCCCGAGCAACGUCACACAGCUGGUGAUCUGGUUCAAGAUGCGAGAGUUAAUCAACACCCUCCCUGAACCUGACAUCUGUCCUGCCGUGGAGGAUCUGACCUCUGUAUUUUACAUCACCAUCACCAUAACUUAUCUGAACAGUGCUAUGGAUCCAGUGAUCUACUACUUCUCCAGUCCUGCCUUUAAGAGCAUCGUCAGGAAAGCUCUUCACCUGCCCCAAGAAGACACCGUCGAAAGCACUGAGAUGAAAACUCGAGAAACUGGCUCCCAGUCACUCAGCCAGCUCUAAAAAUAAGGGACAUAUAACAUGCAGCUUUGCAGCUAAAAUAUUGAUUAAACUGGACUUCAUGAAGUUUCUCAGUAAGUUGUCAUGAAAACGCUACAGCCAAUAAGAUGUUAUGCCUAUAUUGCUCACAGUAAUCAAGUUAAUAUUGACUCCAUGUUUAUUUUAAAUAAACUGCCUUUGCAAAACUUGGCAAUUA